UUUGCGUUUGCUUUGGUUGAUUUUGUUAACUUUUUUGUAUGGCAUGUUGUUGACGAAAGAAAACUGUUUUCAAUUUUUUGGAGUUUUCUCAAGUCUAAAUAAACUUCCUCUCGUCAACGAAUGGAUAUUCAUAAAAACAACUUAAACUCUUCAAAAUGACUGAAGUUCGUUGCAAUAACUGCGAUGAGCUAAACGAUUUUAACGCUGUUAAAUGCGAAACUUGUAAAAUAAGCCUUAAAUUCAGUGAACCUCUAGAUUCCGAAGAAGAUGAAUGCGAAAGUGAUUUUCGAUUCAUCGAAGAAGCUGAACUUAUUGGUGAAGUAUACAAAUUGGAAAAUCUAGAGGAUCUGGAAGAGGACAGUAAUGGACAAUGCAUAAAACCUGAACCAGGUUUUGAUUCCAAUAUUUGUUGUCAAAUUCCUAAUGCUUAUGUAGAGAGCAUUGUUAAAUUGGAGGAUGGUGGCACUGAGAAUGUUACAUUCGAAAUUGUUACUGUCGAACCCAAAUUGAAUGUUGACAUUGAAAAUGAACAACAGUUUCAUGAAGCACACAACUUAGACGUCAAUGACAAUGCUACAGAAAAGAGUCGGAUUUCAAAAAUAAAAGUCAACAGACCAGAAAACUUAAAAAAGAUAAAAUCUUUACCCACAGAAGAAAGCCCAACAACCACUCCAAGCAUACCAUACCAGUGCACAGAAUGCCCAAAAAGUUUUAAGAGAAAAGCAACUCUUAAGGCUCACAUUAACCGAAUACACAAUCCAGACGAUGAGAGUGCCUGCUGUGCUGGCCAUGGACAUGCAUCUCGGAUUGAAUCCAAUAAACAUGUUCAUCAUCACGACACACCUGCUACACCUGCAUUCUCCGAGUCCGGUGAAUCUGAAUACUUAUGUUCGGAAGAUGAAGAAAGUGAAAAGCCUUCAAUUCCUCUAACACACUCAAACAACUCUCCCUGCAAAAGAAAACGAAAACUCAAACAAGAAUUUGAUUCGGAAAAUAAUAAUACGAGAAAAAAGUCUCCAAAAAAGUGCAAAAUCGAGUUAAGUCCUUGUUCGAACCUAAAUAAAUCCAAUGAAAUUGUCUACAAAUGUGCAGCAUGUGAGAAAAUCACAGAUAGCUACCAGGAACACUUGAAGCACAUAGUAAUUCAUGAGAAGGUAGACGACAGUCUCACGGUCACGACUUCUCUCGAACAACUCAAAAAGACACCGAGUGGAUUUUUGGAAUGCAAAGAAUGCGGUGGGGUAUUCAUGAGUGAGCGGGAGUUCAACAUUCACCAGAGGUCCCAUCAGGGAGUUCAUCAGUGUGAUAUUUGCAAGACGAUUCUCUUGACCCCGUCGAGUCUCAGAAAGCAUAAAAAUCGGAUGCAUCGGCAAAGGGCAAGCAGGAAAGGAACAUUGUUCGAGUGCAAUAUUUGUAAUGAAAAAUAUGAAUCUCAGUUGCUCAUGUUGCAGCACAGGAAGAAACACACCGAGGUAAUGAAGAAAAUCGAAGAGAUGACCAUCAUCGACCGAAGUGGGGGGAAAACCUGCUACGUGUGUAAAAUAUGUGCAAAAACUUCAAAUAACAAAUUCCGACACGAAGAGCACUUGAGAAUUCACACCAAGGAGAAACCGUACAAAUGCGAGAAGUGUGGAAUAGGCAUCGCCACCUCGAAUGCAAUGGCUCAUCACAUGCGAACUCAUGAGAAUAUAACGUUCGAAUGUAAUGUGUGCCAUGCAACGUAUCGGCACAAGAAAAGCUUGAAAAAACACUUGAAACUUCACACCGGGGAGAGGCCUUUCGAGUGUCGUCAUUGUGAUAAAAAGUUUGCCUUCAAUUACACACGAGCCGAUCAUGAGCGGAAGUGUCACAUAGAUGGUGGCACGUCUCGCAUUCAGAAACGGAAUCGCAAAAAGAAUUCAGCAAAGACGGCAGCUGAGAGUGAACAUGAACAGCAAAGAAGUCAACCACAAAAUGACGAACAACAAAGGGAAGAGGUAAUAAAUGAAAAUGACAAAGAGAGAGAACUUACGACGAAUGUGGAUCCGGAGGAAGUUGGUAUAGUAUAGUAUAUCAACAUAAGCAAUAAAAUGCAGCGCAUUAUAUAUUUAAAUGUUAUCCUUAUCUAUUGAAUUAAAUACAUAUAUAUUUUUUAAA